AUGUGUGGAUUUGAUAUGCUAAUGUGUGUUAUUGUGGAGGAUAAACUUGCCCUUCGUGGCGAAGGGGCGGAGCUCACUGAGUCCACGUCCAUGGACUCCAUCAAUGAAUUUGACAUAGGUCCCCGUUUCGAUCCCCGGCAACACUUCGACUUUUCUGCCUGCUCACACGGGAUGACAACAGGCGCGGCCUCGCGAGGCAAGGCACGAUUAGGGGACGAUCUUGAUGAUACUAUCAUGCAGGGCACCACACCAGCUAGAAUGGAGUCCAUGAGCCCAGUGAUUGACUGGAAGGACACCAUCCCCCCAGAGGAUCGUCAAGUGACUUUCACUCAGGAGUUCAUCCCUCCAGUGAGGGACGAUUUUCAGGAUCUCGGCGACCCUCAGUUCGUGGCGGAAUAUGUCAACCCUAUCUUCGUCAAUAUGAAUGGCGUUGAACAAAAGCAAUCCAGCGACUACAUGCAGAGGACCCAGAAUGAUAUCACUCAGCGUAUGCGUGCAGUUCUGAUCGAUUGGUUAGUUGAGGUCCAUUGGAAGUUCAAGUUGGUUCCUGAGACGCUCUACUUAACGGUUAACUUGAUUGAUCGCUACCUUGAGCAGUGUCCUAAUCUUCCACGUACACGACUGCAGUUGGUUGGUGUUACUUGUUUAUUGAUUGCUUCUAAAUAUGAAGAUAUAUAUCCUCCCGAGAUGAAGGACAUUGUCAGUAUAUGCGACAGGACUUAUCAACGUCACGAAGUGAUGGAGAUGGAAGUUGACAUUCUCAACACGCUUGGGUUCUGUAUGACUACCCCGUCGCCGAUGUUCUUCCUGUUGCGGUAUGCUAAGGUCAUGGAAGCCGAUGAGAAGCACUUCUUCUUAUCCCAGUAUUGUCUGGAGCUUGCAUUGCCAGAGUAUAGUAUGUUGAGGUAUUCCGCAAGUCAGUUAGCGGCAGGCGCCUUGUAUUUAUCCAACAAGUUGUUGAGGAAGCCGACAGCGUGGCCACCACAUGUGGCCGUGCAUUGUCCUAACACUGAGCACGACGUGAAGGUGGUGGCGAAGGAACUAUGUGCAUUAUUGCAAGUAGCUACCAAUGAGGACCAUUCGGGGACGCAACUCAGGGCUGUGAAGAAGAAGUUUCAGCUCUCUAAGUAA